UUAACCGUAUCCUUUGAUGCAAUUGAUGAUGAUGUUGUAGAUCAAUAGCUGGUGGCGUUGUGUUGUUUUCAUGGCAGUGUUUCAAUGGGCGCGCGAUCAAGUGUUUUGCAUUAUUCAAGGGACGGUUGCCAUCGUCACUUCAGAUGGGAGAAUGAUUGUGGGGACGCUAAAGGGCUUCGAUCAGACAAUCAAUCUCAUCCUGGAUGAAAGCCAUGAGCGGGUGUUCAGCUCUUCCCAGGGAGUAGAGCAGGUGGUUCUGGGACUGUAUAUUGUCAGAGGCGAUAAUGUGGCUGUAAUCGGUGAAAUUGAUGAAGAAACAGAUUCUGCGCUGGAUCUUGGAAACAUAAGAGCAGAACCGCUCAAUUCUGUGGCGCACUGAUGCCUCUCAAACCAGGACAGAAAAGUCCAUGUUUAGAUUAAAUUCCCAGUUUCCAUUUGAAGACUUGCCCUAGGAAAUCUGCAGGCAUUGAAAAGCAGCCAUAUUUUU